AUGAGGGAGCUUCCGUUUGAAUUAUUGGAGGAAAUACUCGCUAGGGUUCCUGUUAAGUCCUUAACACGGUUUAUAUGUGUCUGCAAAAGUUGGCGGUCGUUGUUCCAAGACGAGAGGUUUAUAAGACAGCACAUGACUCAUGCCCAAACGAGGAUCAUGUCGUUCCGUGGCUGGGAAACUCCACCAUGCCACUUUUCUUAUGCAGUUGGCAAGCUAGAGACGAUAGUCGAAGAGGUUAAGUUGAACAUUGGAGAUGAAAGCUUGCUUCUCAAUUCUAGUUUAAUUGGUCACUGCCAUGGACUCUUUUGCUUAGAUCUUGAAGAUACUACUUUUGGUGUUUGGAACCCGGCAUUGAGAGAGUUCAGAAGAAUACAAACAAGGCAUCUCAAUAACUGGGCUGAGAUGGGUUUUGGUUAUGACCACUCAACACAAGAUUAUAAGAUUGUGUUGGUUCCGACUAUGAAAGGCACCUGCUCUAAAGCACAAGUGUUAUCCUUGAAGUCGGGUGAGUGUCGGUUGAUUGAUUUCCCAUGUUUAGAAAACUUUGUGAUGUGCCACAUGAGAACACCUGGAACCUUGGUGGGUGAAAAUAUAUACUGGCAGGUCUAUGAUCAUAAGCUACUGCUCAGGUCCAAGUACAUGUGGUCAAGGAUUUCUGAUGUUGUAGAGGGAUUGAGCGGUGGUCUAUGUACAGUUGGGGUUGACUUGUCUUGUGGUGAACUCAUCGUUUGGUCUGCCCAACAUGAAAAGGAGAAGAGCUGUAGUGUUAUCAAAUCUUGGAACAAGAUCCUCAGUCUCUCACGGGGCAUUGUUGAAAGCUCAAUUGCUCAUCAAAUCAGUAGGUGCUGGCUAGUGUCUGCGAUAACGUAUGCGGGAUUGCUAUUGUUUAUAGUAAGUACUGGGAAUGAAGGAAAAUUGCUUGCAUAUAACUUUGGCGACAAAAGUUUGAGAAUUGUUGAGACUAGUUUGUCACUCGAUAGGUGUGGACUUCUUCAGACCUAUGUUGAAACACUUGUCCCUAUUCCUAGUGCUUUAUAG